AUGAUUCGAGUGCUCCUCCAAGAUUGCCACGCGAGACUUCGCAAGUACCGUCAAAGGAUUGACCAAGAAAAGACCAGAUGCUGUGAGUUCAUGGGUGAGAUCGGUACAAAUCUGCUCCUGCAGAGGACAGCUGAACAAGCCCGCGAACAGAGAAUGAUACGGGACGCAGCACUGGAGAACAAAUUCCGAAAGCUGCCCAAUCCAACGUCGCCGAGAAACGAAAAACUGGUGCACAACCUGUCGUCAAAGGAGCUGACGAAGGAUCAGAUGCAGGUUUUAAGGCACGAAGCUUCAUUCAGCACGACUGACGCCAAACCUAAUAACAUGAUUGCAGCAGUGGAAUCAAUCCUCAGUCAGACGAAGGCAACGGAGGAGACCAAGAGUCUCAUCAGACACCAAGUGUCGCCUCUCCUAAUGGCCCACAGGCCGCGGGAAGUGCUUUCCAAGGUCGAACGUGAUGCACUUAGAGAACUCAAGGCCGAAAAAGACUUGGUCAUCGUGCCAGCGGACAAGGGGCGCUCCACGGUUGUGCUGGACAGGACAGACUACCUUCAAAAAGCCAAAGGUUUACUGGAGGACCGACAGUUCUAUGUCCCAUGUGCAACGAACCCUGUAAAAGCGCUGACACGUGAAAUUAAUGCUACGUUGUUGGCCUGGGAGAACUCAGGUGCAAUAACACCGACCGACAGACGCAUGGCGAGACCCCAAGAUACGGCUUUGGCAAGAUUCUAUAGCCUCCCUAUGGUGCACAAUGACGGCGCUCCUCUCCGACCCAUUGUGUAGCUCAAAGGUACUCCAACGUACGGACUGGCUAAAGGGCUGUUCCGGCGUCUCAAGUUCCUGACCGCUGAGUCAGACACCACGGUCUCUUCGUCAGCAGAAUUCCUAGAGAAACUCAAAGGGGUAAGCAUCCAUCCAAAUGAGGUCAUGGUAUCUUUUGAUUUUACGUCCCUUUUUACUUCUAUUCCCCAAGACCUGACGAUCGAGACAAUUGAGCUGCUACUACAAAGCAAAUACGAUGAAACGGAGAACCCUCUUGGGCACGCCCAAAUCCUUCAGCCCCUGAAGCUCUGUCUCAGGACGUACUUCACGUUCGACGAGACAAUCUACGAACAGGUGAAGGGCACACCAAUGGGUUCGCCGAUUUCGGGAUUCAUCGCCGAGGCGGUCCUGCAACGGUUAGAGUCGCUGGUCUUCCAACACCACAGACCGAAAUUCUGGGCCCGGUAUGUGGAUGAUAUCUUCGUCGUCAUCGAACGGGAUCAGGUGUUGACAUUCCAAGAACAUCUUAACGCCGUCUUCCCGGACAUUCAAUUUACGAUGGAGGAGGAAGAGAACAACCAGCUGGCCUUCCUGGAUGUCCUCGUAUGCCGCAAGGAUUGUGGUGGACUAAAGACCAAAGUGUUCAGGAAAGCGACAAAUACGAUGCAAGUACUGAACUUCAACAGCAACCACCCAAUCAGUCACAAACGCAGUUGUGUAAGGACGCUCUAUCGGCGUGUCGAAACGCACUGCAGUGAGCCGGAAGACAUGAUUGCUGAACUACAAUACCUCCGACGGGUCUUCAAAGCCAAUGGCUACCCGUGCAACUUUGUCAACCGGUGCAUACGCAAAAUGGACGAAAGGCCUAACCGCACGGACACCAAAGAUUGGCGAGCGCCUUCAUAUGUCAAGUACGUUAAGGAAGCUGUUGGCCGCCUUCUCGCACCACUUGGGGUUGCAGUUGCACACAGACCGGAGGAAACCAACAGGCGUCAGUUAAUGAAACCGAGAGGCCCACUGCCACGACAAGAAACGUCUGGAGUCGUUUAUCGGAUCUGGUGCAGUUGCGGAGGAAGUAAUUACGUCGGAGAAACUGGAAGACAGCUCCGAACGAGAAUGGCUGAACACGCGGCAGCGGUGCGGAGAAAUGACGCUAGCUGUCAAGUCGCGGCUCAUUCGCCGGGUCCAGGUCACACAUUCAAAUUUGAUGAGGCCGAAAUUCUCGCAAGAGUUGACAACCACGAGAGUCGAGAGCUGCUUGAGUCAUGGUUUACUGGCCCCCAGUCUAUUAACAAGUGCAAUGAUCUUCCCAUUCAGUACUCGGUGCUGAGACUUCGCCUAGGCGGAGUAAUUAGCCACGCGGGGAGCGCACAAGUGAACACUCUUCCCAACGCCAGGGUCAGGGCGUCAGAUAGUCGAGCAGUCAUCACGCCAACAUCCAACGCACGUGAUGAAAUUGCAGCAAUUAAUGACGCGAAUGACGGCCAUCACGCCACGUGCAACGAUCCCUGAAUAAGGGGGGAGCCGUGAAUAUUCAUAGGUAUGCGAUAGCAUGGCUACUGCAUCCUAUAAAUACUGCAGCCCCAUAUGCAUGAAUCACCCUUAUCUGCUUUUGUCUCUGAUGACGAGUUCGAGCAGGAAUACGAGACGUCAGGCGAGUAAAGCUCUUGUCCCAGCGAUCGUGUCUCCUUCAAGAUGUAUGGGAUUGUCGUCCUGAUAACAGGAGACAUGCACUGUCUUGUUUGUCAAGCGCGACAACUAAGAAAAACUAUCGGGGAACGAUAAAAGGAAGUAGUGUGACAAUACGUCAAACAGAUGUGUAGGGUCUAUCCAGUUAAUUUUGGAUAAAAUCGAACUUAUUGUAACACGUUAUGAAAUAUACUCCUAUCUGAUGACAUGAGUAUUCCAUGAGGACGAACGUUGAUUGUGAGAUUGUGUUAUUUGAGAGUUCAACAUUACCCAGAUCCUUAUAUUGCCUUAGUAGGUUGAUUCCCUGGACAGCUGAGUGGUACAGACGAUGAACGCAACUAUGAAAUAAAGGAAAGCUGCUGUUUUAAAAAUAUAAUGUUAAUAGGAGCUUUAAGAGAGUCAAGCACAGCGUGAGUGUCGAGGCACUGCGCGCCAUCAGAAAGUCUCCAAGCAGAAACUUCCUUGGUUGGUUAUUUACACGUCCCUUGUCCGGCAUGUUAGAAUGGGUAAACGACUGCGUGAUGUGCAGCCGUUAACUUUUCUGGACUUUAUCAUUUGGUUGCAGUAGUUAUUGCGUUCUUGUUUGAGCGUAUAGUCAUUCUGUUCUACCAUAAACUCGAUCAGUUGAAAAAGGCUGUGGAUAAACGGAGAUUACUACAAAAUGAAAAGUCAAUCUAAGGAGGAAGACUUGAAACGGUGCACUUAGUUCUAACUUAAACACCGACUGGUCCUUUUCCAAAAUUCAACGCAAUAAUUCAAAGGGAACUUUUCCCACUAAUGAGCAGAUGGUGCGUCUCCAAACCUCAACGACUGACACCAUAAGUAGACCAGAAUCCCAGAGGAAAAUGAGAAAUCGAAGGGAUAUACAAGAGCGUUUGCGCCUAGAUUAUUCCCUGGAGAGAAAACUAACUAUUAACACAGAAAAGACGACCCAAUUCUUCAGUUUUUCCAGGUCCCUCCACGUCAAGGGUCCUGUAUUUGAUUAGCAUCUACAUUCCUUAAUAACCAGAACCAGCGACUUAGCUGGCACGCUGUCAUUCACAACGAGUAGAUUAAGAUACACUUUUGGAGAGCUAAGCUUCACUUACUCACCCGGGCAGGAUAGCAUCUCUGCAAAAGUUUCAAAUGGACUAUUCGAGCAAUUAUCUCUUGUGAUAGGUAUAAUUUUCGAAAUCUCACUGGAGGCUGGUGCCUGCCUACAGUUUGGAAGAAAGCCAACAUAAUCUCCAUGCAUAAAUGAGAUGAAAGGACCCCACCGAACAAACGUUCACGCUAUGGUCCCAACAGGAUUUGCUGUAAAUCGCUGGAGUAAUACAGAAGCGGAAUUAAUUUGGCCCCCUGGGGAAGGAAAACUGUUUAGUGUUCAUUAACACGAUCUUAGAAGCUGACAAUCUUAAUGCACUAAGCUGGUGAUAUCCAUAGAAAGCCGGACAAGCUCGUAAAGAAUGGACCAGUUAGGGGAUGCAGUCUGCACUGAUUUCCGAAAAGUUUGAACACUAUUCAAACUAACCGACUAAUAUUUCGCUAACCACAGCGGAUAUGAUUGGGAACCCUCUAAAAUAACUAGCAGUCUUUCCCCGACGUUAUCAGAACGAGCACAUUGGUGAUGUGAAUUCGGGCCGAGCAACUGCUCAUAGUUAGGAUCUGCAUGGAAGUUUUUCGGACCCCAUUCUGCUUUUAGUAUAUGUGGGCGACUGCCGGAUAUACGUGUGCUGUGAGUGAGUGGUGUUUGCCGGCGAUCUCAAUUUUUGAAAACAAUAGAAAGACCAGAUGAUGCAAUUUAGAUCGACUGCAAAUAUGGUGCGGGGAAUUGAUCCCUAAACAUAAUUUCAACAAAUGCCAAGUUGUUUCUCUGCGAUUUAGCACCGAGAGAACAGCGGCCUUUGAAUCCCGCUAUGGCAUCGCAAGUCUCCAGCUAUAGUCAGUUAAAUUGUUAACUGAUCUUUGUUUGUGGACGGUGGCUGUACUCAGACUAGCCUUUCAAUGUGCCAAAGUGUCAGGGAGGUCCAUAGGUGCGAUCCGCAGAUCCUUCCUAUUUGAAGCAUUUAUUUGGUCAAACAUAAAGUGCUGCGUCCAGCGGUAGCAUCCAUUAAUGAAACUGCGUAGCCUUGCUUUUGAGGACUUGCAAGAGAGACCGGCCAAACCAGUCAGUGAAGUAGAAUCCUUGUGUAAUAAAUGAAUGCUGUCAAACUUCGAAUUUUCCUCUUCCUUGUGUACAAUUACGUAGCAUUUGAUUAUCAUUUCGAAAAGUCUCGAAAUAAAUAAUGUGCGCUUUAAAUUAGCAACUUAAUUGACCAGGCGUAAACGAUCAAACCUUCGCAGUUACCGACACAAAAUAAUGCUAAAAUAUGCCAAAACAUGGCAUGCGAACUGGACACUGUUCAGACUACGUUAUUUGCCCAAUGAACAAACUUUUCUGGCUGGUCCUGUUAAAUGGAAAUUUUUGGAUCCAUAACACAGGACUGAAUGUGUUUCUCACUUUGUGCUAAUAUAUCCGGAACCAUUAGACCCUGACAUAAAGUGAUCCAAACGUCCUAUAAACCUUUUCCUGUUUCCCAUCUAUCUACUUCUUAACAGUGUUUUCCAAAACUCGGUCCAUCAUUCUUAUAUUGAAUUAUGCUAAAACUUCCCAACAUCAAUACUACCAUCCUCGUCCAUUGCUCGGGUCCACUGCUAGUCGAGAGCCAUCAACGGGAAAUGCGCGAACAGUUCUGUCUGAAGCCGUGCUGCAGCGCUGAGAGAGAGAGAGAGGUUCUGUUCUAGGAACUUCAUUAUUGCUUUCUUAAUUAUGGAUUCCAUUAUUUUACAGCAGAUGCAAGUGAGACUAACAGGCCGGUAAUUGUUGGCAUUAGUGCAUUAGUGGCAUAUAAAAUAAGAGGGGAAUUCGUCCGUGACCAGCUAAUAAGAUCACCCAAAAUUUGUCUAGCUUUUUCAGAUCUUAUCAAAGGUUAAAAUGUCACAAACUCAGAGAAGGGUCUUUGAGAAGGAAAAACUUCCGUGUAUGCAUUCUAGAACUUAGGUCAUCUGCAUUCCCGUUUUUAGCAACAUUCCAAAAGAAUCCGCGCUGAGCCUAGGGCUUUUUUCAACUUGCAAAUGCAAAAUGUCGGCUUUACUUUCCAACUAAUGCCCAGUGUUUGCAGACCGCGCCAAGAUCCCACGCUAGACAUAUGACCACGCUGCUUUGGAUGCACUUGAGUCUGGGUGCACUCGAGUUUACCAGCGGACUGACUGGUAGAACCCUGCUACGAAUGAAAACUAACUUUGUUUCUCGUAAGAAAAGCAUGGUUAAACUUGAAAAGUGGCCACAUGCAGUGUCUGGAAAAGCAGUAAUCAUGCGACCCAGACCAGUUCCGACUUUGAAUUUAUUUCGCCCAUCAGGGCAUUUCCGUCGGAGGAUGCCUAUGAACUGACUUCGAAACUCGAACGUAAAACUUAAUCAUUCACGUAUAUUCCAAGCCCUCCAUCUAGUAAAGCAUUCCAUCACCAUACACUGCAUUUGGUCGACCGCAAUAUGCAUACUGCUCACAGGUACGACCUUCCUACGUCGUACGUAACAUGGACAAUUCGCACACGUUAACCACCAGAAAACUAACCUUGCUCGAUUCAUUCGGAAUCUAGGUCCAAGAAAUAGGGUUUAUAACCUUCAACUGUGAUCGCUGCAGCAGAGGCAGUAACGUUCAACCCUCGUGGAUACUUAUAAGAUAAUUAUUGGGCUGGUCGCUUUCAAUCACGUGUUUUCGCUUUUGCGUAGUCAUGUGGGCGUGUUUGAGUGCCGUGAACGGCCACUUGAGCCUCCAGUGAACACGGGCAUUCAACAGACGAGUAUUUCGUAUUGUGUUUUUAGGCUCAGUACUUGUUUACCUCAUGGUGUUAUUCUCGUCCGUGCGCGAAAAUUACUUAGCAGGUGUCUUGUGUCCUCGUGGAAAUCAAGAAUGACUUCAGUGGGAUAUGUCAGCAAAUAUUUAAGAAAAUGUUCAUUCCUCCACCACUUUAGUGUCGUAUACUAAGCCUCAACUUUGCAGAUAAUGGUUUUUGAUAUAAAGCUUAAGCAAGCAAAGUUCGUCUGCAUUUUCACUUUUUUCAUGCAUAUGUCACUUCCGAAUGUUCUGUCAGGCCUGCUUCUCUAAACUCCCAGUUUAUGUCAUUUUUCCUUAUUUAUUGGUUUCAAAAACUCGACAAUUUUUGCUUUCCCAGCGCUUGAUAUGUUCACCGUCUAAUCCAACAUCAUUUAGUCGCAGUGUGCUGAUCGUCUGGUGGCUAUCUUGCACCUAGAAAUGGCUAAUUCGAUCUCCAUUGGGCAUUCCAGUGACUUAUUUUGAUUUCAAUGUCAUGAUUCCAGAAGAAAGUCAACAAGAUACUGGGGGAUUCUUAAUGUCUCACUGCAACAUACGCUUUUACCUCCAACUUACUGUCCAACCAUUACACUUGUUUUAACUCGCUACUCUGCAGCCAAACGGCUUGAAAUUUAGCGGUCAGCUGAUUCUCCAUAUGGAAUUCUUUCGCCAUGCUGACAGUCUCACUCAUCUCAUUUAUUCGCAAAUUAAUUGCAGUUGCUCUGAAUGCGAUAAGAGAAAAACUACAACCGACUCCAUGACUUUCCUCCUGCAGCGUCGCGGCUUGUGGGCUGAAACUAUCUCGAACAUGCAGUUUUAUGAGCGUUUUAAAGUAUGGUCUGCCUAAAAUAACCAAUAUCUAAGAGCCUAAAUCCUGCCCUGGUGUGUGACUUUAACAAGGCGAAGGAGUUGAUUAUUAGGUGCAUUGCUGCCAGCGUGAAUAAUGUGAAGUUUCAUGCAGACUGUGA